GGCAGAUGAGCCCAGUGAGUGAUCUUGUGGAUAGAGAAAGAAGAAGCAUUUCUUCGUCGUUCUUCCUUGUCACUUGCCCUGCUUUCCAGGCUGCCAUUUUUGACCUGCGAAACAGCUGUAGUGCAGUUCCACCUUCCUCGGCAAUGGCCCACAUUCACAUUUCGUGGAAAGAUGCCUUCGAUGAACUUAAAAUUGCAAAGAUAAAAGCUAGGCAAGCCCAGUGAGCGAUCUUGAGUCUAAAGCAGCAACUUGUAAUUUUCUUUCUCCUCUCUAUUAUGGGCAAGUUUUCUUUUCCUUCAUGCUGUUGCUCCUGCAGUUGCUUCUCAUCCUCUUCAUCUGCUCAGGAAGUAAGCAUUGUUGUGCACUCCACACAACCUUCUCAACAGCCAGCCAAUUCUGGACCUUCCACCCCAUCAUCAUCUUUGCACCCUUCUCAAAAAUCAGCCAAUGUUGGACCUUCCACUGCGACUAAUUUUGAUUUGGAGAGUUAUCUACAGAAAUUCAACGAUAUAGGUCGGCUUAAAGAUCUGAUUCAAUUUAUUGAAGAGCUAUUGAAAAAAGCGUCAGGCGAGAAGGAAGAAGGAUCUAGUUCAGCAGCAAGUUCUUAUAUCCAGGAUGGCCAAACAUUCCUAGAGCUAGUAGAUAAAAACGUUGGUAAACUUUCUGAAAAGCAUGAUUCUAUGGAUGGCGCAAGUGCAGAUAUAGAGAAGGUUGUUAUAAAUUUGCUGAAAGGCGCUGCCCAAAUUCAUUGGGUGGGGGCAGCACUUUCUGUGGUGGGAUUUGUAUUGGCCAGAUAUAAUGAAAUGUCUAACAAUCAGAGAGAGUGCCUUGAAAUUUUGAAAGUUUUGGUUAAUCUUGAGAAUCAAAUUCUGAAGUUGAAUGAGCAAAUGCCAGAAGAGGGACAGAGACUAAAUGAGGCAGUCAAGUGCAUUGUUGAAGGAUGCAUCAUGUGCGCCUCCCAACUUGCCGCUGGCAAAUUUGUUAGCUUUCUUACUGCUUCAGUCAAAGCCGAUGGUUUAAAAGGUUUCCAAGCCAAGAUAGACCGCUUGUAUCAGGACCUCACAUUGUCAACUGUAAGGAACAUACAGAAUAGAAUACCAAAGAUUUCCUCACAGUCAAAGAUUUCAUACAACCCCGCAGUUGGAAUUGAGAGUGCACAAGAAAGGGUAACUCAGCUUCUUGAUUUGAAUGCACAACAUACAUCGGCUCAACUUGUGGUUGUCUAUGGUUUGGGAGGGAUCGGAAAAACGACUCUCGCUGAUGCCGUUUAUGACUGCAUUGAUGACAAAACUUAUAAAAAAUGUAGAAUUCACAUGGACCAACAUUGUACCAAGAGGGAUCUUAAAGGCCUCCAAGAGCUGAUUUUAAAACAAUUGUUCAAAGAGAAUGUCGAAUUGGCAGACUGUGAUGAUGGUCGGCAAAUGAUCUGGCGGGUUUUAAACAAGAAUCCUAAUCAGCCUGUAUUUCUGUACAUUGACAACGGUCUCAAAAAGACAGAUCUCAAACAACUUCUGCCUAAAGAAUUGGGCAGCUGCCUUCCGCCUAGAAGCAGAAUAUUACUUACCACUCGAAAUCUUCGGGAGACGGACAUGUUUGCCUACUGGAAUGUUGAGCGCGCACAAUAUCUUGUGAAUCCCCUUCAACAGACAGAGGCCAGAAAGAUUUUGUUAAAGAGAGCCACAGAUCACAAUAAUGAAAAUCAUAUACAUGACCUCCUCCAGUUGUGUGGUGGUGUUCCGCUUCUGCUGGAAUUAGCUGGUGCUCAACUCGCUAUAAGUACUCAAAAUACAGAUAUUAUGGUAUUACAGUUGCUUAAGGAAGGGGAGAAGGUGGAAGAAGAAGAUAUCAGUGACCGUAUGAUUGAUUUUGUAUAUAACAGUUUAUUACCACCUGUGAAAGAAGCUUUUCUAGAUAUCACAUCUCUCUUGUAUUCUGGCCCACAUAAAUGUAUGCCUCAAAUGGAGUCAAUAGGAGAGGAGGAACUCAGAGCUCUAGAAGAGGCGUCAUUCAUCAAGAGAUAUGGGCAUUAUGGUAUGACUAUUCAUGACAUAGUUGAAGCAAGAGGGAAAAAGAUGGCACAGCAAGAGGGAAACAGAAUCACAAACCCUGAAGCUUUAUUGGAUUGUUUGAAAUAUGAAGAGAAACGUAAAAAUUUGAAGGGCAUCUAUUUUCGUGAAUAUUAUGGGCAGCCUCCAAUCGAAAAUAAUGAUGAUCAUCUUAACUGUAUGGGCAAUUCCUUAAGAGUGUUAUCUUAUGAAAAUGGAUCGCAAAUAACAUUCAGGGGGAAAUGCCAUAAGUCAUUUGAAGAACUCAGAUGCCUCCAAAUUCCGUAUGACGUUUCUGAGUUGCCAAUGGAGUUUGAGAAACUUGAGCAUCUUGGUUACUAUGAUGGCCCUUUCACGCAAGCCAUGAGUUUAUAUGAGCUUCCUCCAAGCCUGCGUAGUAUGAGAAUUACAGUUUCUGCCGAGAACGGAGUUAAAGAUUCUAAGGUCACUUCAGCUUCUUCUCUUGUAGAAUUAGACUGCUAUUUGAAUAAUAUAGUGCAAAGCUUACCAGAUGGAAUGGAAAAGCUAACAAAGUUAGAGAGAUUAACUGUAUGGGGAUGCCAUCAGUUGAGGGAACUUCCUUCCAAAUUUGGGGAACUCAGAAACCUAAGACAGUUGACGCUAUUCAAUUGCAAUGAAUUGAAAGAGUUGCCUUCAGACUUUGGAAGACUCAGCAAUUUAGAAUGGUUAUUUCUAGAAGAAUGCCAUAAACUGAAACAGUUGUCUUCAGACUUUGGACAACCUAGCAAUUUGAAAUAUAUAUUUUUCAACCGCUGCUCUACGUUAAGUGAAUCGCCUUACAGCUUUGGGCAACUUAAUAAUUUGAAAUAUUUGAGUUUAAUAGGUUGCUCUGCAUUAAGUGUAUUGCCUUCAGAAUUUGGGCUACUUAAAAAUCUAGAAUACUUAGAUUUGAGCGACUGUUCUGGCUUGAAAGAAUUGCCUUGUGACUUUGGGCAACUCCAAAAUCUGAAAAGAUUAGAUUUGAAAGGCUGUUCUGGGUUGGAAGAGUUGCCUUCUGAUUUUGGGCAACUCAAAAAUCUGAAAUGGUUAAACUUGCGGCAAUGUUCUGGGCUGAAAGAAUUGCCACUAAGCCUGGAAGAUCUUGUUAGAGGAGAUUGUAUUAUUUAUUUUGAUUGAAUAAUUUUUUCAA